UAUGGACAAUUAGUAAGUGUCAAUUAAUUAAAUUUAAUUAAAUGGUUUGUCAUUAAAUGUGUCUGACAUUAUUCGUUAUUCUUAAUUUUGAACAACUUAUGGGAUAAUUGGAUUCGUAUCUCUGUCAUCUGUUGUGUUUAUUAGUUCAAUAGCAAGCAAGUCCAACUUUCCAUAAGGAAGGACCGCCUAUAAAUUAAGGUUAUCUCUCGAAAAUGCAAAACAUCGUAAACUCUGUAAAAAGUUCGGCGCUUGGCGUUGCCGAAUAUUUAACUCCGGUCCUGAAGGAAUCAAAAUUCCAAGAAACUGGAGUUAUCACGCCGGAAGAAUUUGUCGCUGCGGGCGAUCAUUUGGUCCACCACUGUCCAACUUGGCAAUGGGUUGCUGGUGACGAGUCCAAAGCUAAACCAUAUCUUCCAAAAGAUAAGCAAUUUCUUAUCACGAAAAAUGUCCCCUGCUACAAAAGAUGUGAACAGAUGGAGUACGACAGGGAACAAGAAAAACUACUCGACGAAGGCGACGAAGAUGGCGGCUGGGUCGACACUCAUCACUAUGAACCUGCCCUCAACCAAAAAGUUCAAGAUAUGACGAUCGACGCUUCAUCAAACUCCCAAUCUAGCAAGGAGAGUCCUACCUCCUCGAAAGAUAAAUCUGCAAAAUCUUCUCCCCCCGUUGCCUCCACUCCCGUAGGUGACGACGAUGACGAGGAGGUCGCCGUCGACAUGGAGGAAUUUGAAGCGGCCGGACUUCUGGAUGAGGAUGAUGUCCAAACUCGCGUCACUAAACCUGACGCUAUCGCUGAUCUCAGCGGUGGUGGUGGAGAUCACGGCGAAAUCGUUCAAACUCGAACUUACGAUAUGCACAUCACUUAUGACAAGUACUACCAGACACCGCGACUCUGGCUGUUCGGAUAUGACGAGAACCAGAAAGUGCUCCAUGUCGACGAAAUGUACAAAGAUGUGAGUCAAGACCACGCCAAGAAGACCGUUACAAUGGAAAGUCAUCCUCACCUUUCAGGCGUCAUUGCCGCCUCCGUCCAUCCCUGCCGACAUGCUGAAGUGAUGAAAAAGAUUAUCCAAACUGUGACGGAAGGUGGAAAAGAGCUUGGCGUGCACAUGUAUCUCAUCAUCUUUUUGAAAUUUGUUCAAGCCGUCAUUCCAACCAUUGAGUACGACUACACACAAAACUUUUCUCUCUAAAAAAAUACGUGGGGUAGUUGCCUUUUUGUCAAAAGUUCAACUAAAACUACCCUGUGCGAACUUACGAUGAGGUGACGGGUUCCAAUUUAAAUAACCUUUGUACGACAGCAAUAUCAAAAUUAUUAUUAAUUCGUGUACAAUUAAUUAAUGAUUGUGAUCCAAGUCUUCUUAAUUAAUUAUCUUAAUUAUCCAACUGUAUUUAUUUAUUAGCGAGGAGUCUUUUAGUGACAAAUAUUAUAUGAUAAUAAAUUUAAAAACUGCUCAGUAAUAAAAUUCGUUUUGGUACCAGA